ACCGGUUUGCCAGCGAGUUGAAAUCCACAUUGUGCUGUGUCUCUUAUAGUUGUUUGCAAUUAUCGUAGAUACUAAUAAGUACCGUCUUCUCAAACUCGACCUUUUUUUAGAUGCCAAGAUAGCAAUCCUGGUACAAAAUGUGGAAAGUUCGCAUGCGUGAUGUAUUGAUCUGGGGGCCGUUUGUCUGCCUUGCUCUGUUCUUCCCCAAGCAGGCCCGCGAGGAGAAGGCAAUAUGUACCCCGCCACCUCCUCCAAGGCAACAGCCAAUUGGGCCAAGAACAUACUGCGCAAUCUUGUCUAGAGUUGUUAUACUACCGCGCGCCCACGUUGUAAAAUCAGAGAUGGAAUUUGUUCUAUUUUGUGGCAUUGUGUUCAUUGCGCCGUGCGCUUCCACGAUUCUGUUCGAGAGCUGGGCCUUUUCCUUCUGGACUUUAGCGUCUUUGCUGUAUUUGUGGUCAAUAUCAUGUCUACUUUGCAUAUAUUGAAUACUGAGCCUGCUUAUAUGGACGAUGCGGCGUUCCAGGAACGAGUCCGUGGCAGUGGUCGGAUCAGUUACACAGCAUUCCGAAUCGCUGUAGCGGUACUACUGGCUUUUGCUCUGACAUGUUUCGUCUGUCGGCUUUGUAUCCGCCUCGUCACACGCAAGCGUCUGUUUCUUGACGAUGGAUUCCUCAUCGUGGCCGCGACAUGUCUAUGCGCAUCCACAGGGAUUCUUUUCAAAAUGCUGUUCCUGUCUUACAUCGUCCCGGCUAUGUCCCGCUAUCCUGAUCUCGCGUAUACAACUGCGUUCCAAUCAUAUGUCAAUCAGAUGCAUCACAACCAAGUCGCGCGGAAGGCAUUUGCAUUUCUUAAUUUCACGGCCAUAUUUGCCGUCAAGGGGUGCUAUUUGAGCUUUUUCAAUCCUUUCGUGAAGAAUCAAGGUCGCAUCUUUACCUACUACUGGGUGGUUGUCGUAUUCACGGCAUUAGCUUGGGUUGUCAGCGCUACAGAAGGCUUCGUGUACAAGAAGUACGAGCAAAUCGAUCCCAACACCACAGACCUUAAUCCGACCGAGUUCUACAACAUUCUAUUCGGUUACGCUAUCGCCAUAGCCUCCGUUGAUAUACUCAGCGACAUCAUGAUUAUCUCUAUCCCAAUUUUCCUCUUGCACAAGUCCACAAUGCCGCUUCGCACUCGAGCAGGAUUGAUCUUAUUUCUCUGCCUCUCUGUAGUCAUGAUAGCAUGUAGCAUUGCUAUGGUAUCGGGGUUCGUGACUGCGAACGCGGACACGACUUGGCGCACUUUCUGGCAAGAGGUGGAAGCUUGUGUUGCGGUGAUGAUGGCUUCGGUGACGGUUUUUAAGUCACUCCUUGUGUCGCGUCAACGCCGCGAAGACGUGGAGAAGAGACCUACUGCACCAUACUUCAUUGCUAAAUGGCACGCGGAAUUCACUUCCUCGCAUGGUGAAACUGAUGAGGAAUCUGAGGUCAAGACACCCACGGUGCCUGGUGAGAUCUUCACUGGCAAUGGCAAGUUUUCUCGUAAAUACGAAGGUGAUGAACUGCAGACCCAAUACGCUAAAUGGGAGCAAGAAGAGGUAGAGGCUCAAUGUUAUGUCAAACAAGGGGAUCUUAGAAGGACAUAG